AGCUUCGUACUUCUUAGACGAUUAUACGGCCGUAUUCUAACUAGUUUCUCUUUGAAUGGAAGCAGCUACUAGUAUAACUUACUGUAGAACUGACUGGCCUGCCUCGAUACUCUCACCAGAUAUACCAUAUGCAUGUUGGGAGCCAUCUUCCUGCUUGAAUGGUGCCUUAGUGCAACAUUUAUUCGGCAGCUUCACAAUGACUAACUACAACAGGUGGCUUGCCAUGCAGCAGAUCUCAAGAGGACGAGCGCUUCUUUGGCCGGACAGACCAUUCACCGUGCCUUCCAUUGCCCGGCAUGAUACCCCUACAUGUUGCUACACCAUGCGCACUGUACAUACGUCGAAUUUGUAACUAAUGUUGUUAUUCUUUGUCCUAUUCUGACAUUCACAGAUCCUGUCUACCCUCUGUACGGACAUGGACAGCUCAAUGGAGCAAAGCCAUUUCUCACUUCCUAAAUAUGUGGGAAACUUCAGGACAGAUGACCUGGCUCUGUCAGCGCCUUCGAGACUUCUCAAGUUUAUUUCAGGGUACAAGCAACCUCUCUUCGGGUGAGAGAAUUACGAAUUGCCGUAAUAGAAUAAAUCAUACAAAGCAAAAGGCCCCAAGAUCUCCGCACAGUACUGGUCCUCUCUACCGUCCUCAGCCAUCGUGCCUUUUGACAGCAAUUCCAUCCCCAUGACCUCCUCCCCCAACAAUCAACAUGAACUUGGUCCCGGCUCCAUGUUGGUCGACGAUCUGGGUAUUCCAUCUUCACCUUCAACCUCAGAUAGUCUACCGAGCCCGCCUACAACACCUGAUGAGGAUGUUCUUCCUCAAUUAGCUAAAGCUGGCUUUCGUCCUCACCAGAAGGCUCAAUUGAGAGGCAGAUUCAAGCUAAGCACCUUGUGUAUUGAUGACGAUAGACCCUUCAAGGUUGUUGUUAUUGGUGCUGGUCAUAGCGGGGUCAUGGCUGGGAUCAGGUUUACCCAACGUAUGACGAACAUUGACUUGACGAUCUACGACAAGAAUUCCGGCGUCGGCGGGACAUGGUUUACAAACCGCUAUCCUUAUCAGCCGACAUUUGGAGAUAAGUCCGAUUGGACAGCAUUCUAUUCACCUGGCCCGGAAAUUCGCGCGGAGAUUGAGAAGACUGUGGAGAAAUAUAAACUCAUGAAGUACAUCAAGCUUCGGCAUGAGCUUAUCCAUGCGAAAUACGACGAAGAGCAAGGGAAAUGGCACCUGAAAUUGCGUCGGGCAAUGCUGUCCUCCGAGGACGAGGAAGAACAAUGUGAGAUCGUCGAAGAUACCGCGGACUUCGUUUUAGCAGCCGUGGGAUCACUGAGUCGCUGGUCUUGGCCUGACAUUGAGGGUAUCAAGAAUUUCAAAGGGAAACUCAUUCAUUCUGCAGCAUGGGAAACUGACGAGAGUGGAUGGUGGCAUAGUAGUGUCGCGGAUUGGAAGGACAAGAAAGUUGGGGUCAUUGGAUCAGGAUCGACGGCGACACAAAUUGUCCCCAGACUUCGGCCUUUUGUAAAACAUCUCUAUAAUUAUGUUCGCGGAAAAACCUGGCUGGGUCCCUCAUUUGCUUCCGAUCGGAUAGCUGAGCUUCUGGGACAUCAGUCUACUUCUGAUAAUCACAUUUUCACCCCUGAAGACAAGGAAAAGCUCAGAGACAUGGAAUUCUACAAUCAGUUUAGGCGUGAAGUUGAACAAUUCAUGAAUUCAAUGCACUUCGUGACGAUCAAAGAUAGUGCAAUGCAAAAGGAAGCACAGAAAGCGUUCAAGCAGCACAUGACAUCGCGACUGCAGAAGAAACCCUGGAUUGCUGACCACCUCAUACCAGACUUCUCAGUUUCAUGUAGGCGUAUAACGCCUGACACAGGUUACCUGGAAGCUCUUCAAGAAGAUAAUACGGAUUUCAUCCCAACACUCAUAAAACGCAUAACAGAAACUGGAAUUGAACUGGUCGAUGGAACACAUCACGAACUCGACGUCAUCGUUUGCGCUACUGGUUUCGACGUAUCAUACCAAUACCCAUUCACGGUGGUCGGACGCAAUGGCAAAACACUUAACGAGCGAUUCUCGCCACAUCCGGAGACGUAUAUCUCCAUGUCGGUAGACGGCUUUCCAAAUUGGUUCAUGUCAAUGGGCCCGAACUCUAUCAUUGGAACCGGAAGCAUGAUCCUUAUCAUUGAGCAUCAGAUAAACUACAUUGUAGAAGUGGCGCAGAAGAUGCAACGUGAGUACUUGAAGAGCAUUGAACCAAAGCUUGAGGCUGUCAAGGAUUUUGAUGAGUACUUGGAGGCGUACAUCGAGACAACGUCAUUCAGCGAUGGCUGUAGGUCGUGGUACAAACAGGGAAAAGUAGAAAAUCGUAACGUUGGUGUAUGGCCAGGUUCCUGUCUCCAUGCUAUGAAGACAUUCAGGUAUCCUCGAUGGGAGGACUAUAAUUACGAAAUCCUUGACUCCAUUCCCGGAUCAGGGAAACCAAACCGGCUCUAUUGGCUCGGCGAUGGGUCGACGCAUAAUGAGAAAUACAUGACUGGUGACCGGGCAUGGUACUUAAACCCUGAGGAAGUUGACUUGCCACCUACCUCUGCAUCUCUCCCGGACAGCAUUAACUGCGUCAAUGUAUUGUAG